AUGAUACAAGAUGCCACAAGCAUCUUUAGUCGACUUCCUGCAUCUCCAAGGCUGGUGAAGUGGGACCCAUCCAUGGGUUCGAAAUGUCCGCCCGGCACUGGCUGUUCCAACAUCAUGGCAGAUGUUCGUUUCUAUCCCAAAGGUGCUGCCAAGGCUCACUUCACUGCGCACAAUGCGAAAGACCCAAAGGAGACAGCCAGGUGGAUUGACCGGAUCAAUGCUCGCUACAAGAAGGGCCUGUACCCGACCAAAGUGAUCGUCUACCAGGUGCAGAGAAAGACAGGAAGCUUGUUCGACCUAGGACAUGAUGCGCGCACAAGACGUGAGUCCUCAGAUGAUGUUCGCCAAGACCAAGGCAUCCAACGCUCUGCUCGUCGAACUGCAGAGACUCCCAGAACGCUUCAGAAAGGUGCUGGGGAUUCCCAAAUGUCAAGGAAGCCUUCGCAGGAUGGACCGAUCCACUCCGCUUCCCUCAAGCCAGCGGUGAAGGCCAACCCUGAGUCCUCAGACGGUGAGCGGUUGUCUUGUCAUGGAAAGCAAAUUUCUACGCAAAGUGUUUGGAAGGAAAAACCUGCUGCUGGAGCGCCUACAGCGCACCACAGGCGCUUUGAUACGCCUGCCGGAACUGCCGCGCUGAUGGGUCGAGCCCGAUCUCAGACUCCGGACUAUCAUAGACGUUAUUCAGAGAAUGCUUUGGGCACAUCGCUUCCAGGGUGUCACUCCCUGAAGGACAUUUCCCAACCAGAGACUCCACGUUGCCGACCCAGAAGGUGCUCUGCUGUACUUACACCUUCUCGACCCAGCGAGGUCGCUUGCCGCUUCAAUCGGGCAGAUGGACAGUGGUUUCCAUGCAGAAAGGCUCCAACGAAGCAGGCCUAUGGAUUGAGCAGCUCAAGAUCCUACUCAGAAGUUCACAUCUAA